GCGCCUGCUCGGGCUGGAGGGGAGGUUGGGCCGGAAGGAGAAGGGCGCUGGCUACUGAGCUCCUCCAGUUGCCCACAGGCCCAGGGUGACUCCCAGGCGAGGCCUAGCCCGGGUGCGCCAAUCUCUGGCGGCCGCGCUUUUGGGGGUCGCGGACUGCCGCCCUCCCUUGGUUCUUGGCUGUUUUCGGUGGUUCAGAACAGCCUCCCCGUCCUCCGCGGACCUGGGUCUCGCCCGGGAAUUCAGGAAUAGGAGCCGAGACUGUGAGGCCUCGCCCCUUCCGGGAGGGCGGAGCGCUCUAAACUCAGCUUCUGGCGCAGUCGGGUCGGAACUCUCCUAGACGCGACGGUCAGGAACUAUCCACCCCACAUCUUAUCUGAGGCCGGAAGGAGGUGCCUGGAAAACACUGGAAAAAACAAAACCGACAUUCUUCGUUUGGAGGCUCAAGAACAUCUGGAAGGACAUCUGGAAGAACCUGAGAACCCGGCUGUUGUGGAGGGCAGGGUUAGAACGUCCUCAGACGUGUCCGAAAGAUUUCCAUACCUCGCAAGAGAAGGGACUAAAUAGUGCAUCUUCCGAGGCACACAGUCACUUAGCGACCCCCCUCACCCAGGCAGUGUCCUUGGCCCCUUCCAGGGCUUGAAGGCAGGGGGCUGUGUGAGUCUCACUUGCCGCAGGGGUCUCUAAGCCCUGCAAGGUGUAUGGUGAGCUGCAAUGAGGCAGCAAGUCCUGGGUUCAAAUCCUGUUAGGCCACUGGUCAGCUGUGCAACUUGGCAUCGCUUGUCCUCUUGGGAUUGUGGCAAGAAUUAAAUGAAAGAAACUUAGGAUGUGCCUGCCUAUAGUGGACCCUCAAUAAAUGUGAACAAAUAUGGGCUUCCUUUCUUUUUGGUUGGACAAUUACAUACACCCAUACUCCCCAAACUCUUUGCCUCAAAGGCUGAGGCUGGGAUGCAGAAGAAUGUAUCACCUGACUCUCUCCUGGUACUUCUCUGGGUCCCAUGGGAGGGAAGGAGGGAUCUGUUCGCCACCACAGAGUUGUUCCCCCGCCCCACCUCUCUGAUCCUCUUGAUUUCUGUCACUGGUACUCGCCCCACCAGGAAUGUAGCACCUGGUGGUUGGCAAAGCAGGUCAUGCAGCAUGUGGCUAUGAGGCUGGUGGGCUGCAGGUAGGGAGGACUACUGCUCCAUUUCCCAUGUGGCAGGAGACUGGUGGCCUCAGCAGCUUCUGGGCACUCUCUACUCUGCAGCACUGUCUCUUAGAGGUCCCACCCAAGCUUGACAUCCAAGUUUCUACUCCAGCCUGCCCCUCUCCUCUGCCCACUUCCCUCCCUGAAAACCCCUUUGGACAUCCAAUAGCAUCUCAAGCUUCACUUGUUCAAAAUAGAACUCUGGAGUCCUCUCUGCACCACUGCUUCUCCCCCAGACUCUCUGGCUUGCUAAGUGGCACCCUCCAUCCACCUAGUGCCUUGAUUCUUCUCUCUCCUUCACCUCCCAUAUCCACAAAAUACCAGGAAUCCAGCCAUCUCUUGCCACCUUCAUGGUUACCAUCCUGGCCAUACCCAUCAUGUAUUCCCUGCUGUGGCCUCCUGACUUGUCUCCCUGCUUCCGUCCUGCCCUCUCCCCAGUCCAGGAUCCUCACAACCACCACAGAGGUCUUUAACAUAAAUCAAAUAAGUCAAAUCAAAUAAAAUCCUCUCCCUUUCCUGCUCAGAGCCCUCCAAUGGCUCCCUGUUUCACUCCAAAUAAAACCCAAAGUCCCUUCCUAUAAUGCCCUACAUUAGUGGCCCUUCCCAACCUCCUUGACUUGAACUCUGCCCCUCCCCCUAGCUUUCUAAACCUGGACAACUCCAAUCUACUUUCUAUUCUUCAAACAUGCCAAGCUUGUUUCACCUUAGGACUUCUCACUUGCUGUGCCCUCUGCCCAAAACACUGAUCUUCUUACAUUCGAGUUCAGCUCAAAUGUCAGUUCAGAAAAGCUUCCCUCCCCAUCCCAGUUCAAGCAGCAUGCCCUUCUUCAGGGGCUGUGUCUCACCAUCUGCUUUAUUUUCUCUGUAACCUUUAUUACUGUCUGGAAUUCUUAUUUAUGUGUAUGUUUUCUGAUUUGUUAUCUGUCUCAUUCCAGUAGAAUGUAAAUUGGAUGGUGGCAGAGAUCUUGUCUGUCUUAUUCCCUGCAGCUCUCUCCCAUGAGAAAGGCAAAUAAGAAACAAGCAAACAAACAGAUCUAUAAUUGAAAAUUGUGUUAAGUGCUACAUAAGCAACCUGCGGCAAUUGAUUCUAUUGGGGGUACUUCUAAAUUUCAGGCUUAUAAGGCUGAACUACUGUAUUGUCAAAACAACCUCUCUGAGCCAUUUUAGGGAUGAGGACAAGCCUGGAAAAGGCUGAUAACUUGCCUGGGGUCACACCCAGAAGUGGAACUCAGCCUCCUACUGAAAAAAUAUGUAUGUAGGGCUUCUCUGGUGGUGCAGUGGUUAAGAAUCUGCCUGCCAAUGUAGGGGACACAGGUUCGAGCCCUAGUCUGGAAAGAUCCCACAUGCUGCGCAGAAACUAAGCCCAUGCGCCACAGCUACUGAGCCUGAGCUCUAGAGCCUGCGAGCCACAACUACUGAACCCAUGUGCUACAACUACUGAAGCCCGUGCGCCUAGAGCCCGUGCUCUGCAACAAGAGAAGCCACCAAAAUGAGAAGCCUGUGCACCUCAACGAAGAGUAGCCCCCGCUCGUUGCAACUAGAGAGAGCCCAUGUGCAGCAAUGAAGACCCAACACAGCCAAAAAUUUAAAAAAAAAUUUUUUUUUUAAUUUAAAAAAUGUGUGUAGCAAGCUUUAGUGUAAUGGUGGGCCUGCAGUCAUGUUCUGGGAAGAACCUGAUCCCAGAUCCUGAAGACCUCAGUUCUUUGCUCUUCUACUCACUAGCAAGUCCCCUUAAUUCCUUGGUGCUUCAUUUUCUUCACGGUAAGAAUAGGAUAGAUCCUAUUAUUAUGUUGGGUGCCUUCUCCUCUUCCCCAUCCUCUCCCUCCUACCCCUUCUCCUCCCUCUCCUCCCCUUCCCCCUCAGUAUACUCCAAAGGAGCAGCACUUCUAGGCGGUGCCCUUUUGCUAUCAGAAGCUAGGGGCACAUUCAGACCUGGGGAUAAUGGGGCAGGAGCCAGAGCUCUCCCCAACAAUGACCGACCUGCAGGGCAGAAAUGGGCCCUAGGUCUUCUAGAUCUGAUUUUUUUUUUUUUCACCAAUUUGUUUUUAGGCAAAUUCAUUGAGGGCCUCUGAGACUUAAGCAGUAAAAUAGGAUGAUUAAAGAAAAGAGCAAAAAUUCCAAAGAGUUGAAAAAGAAAGAGAGAAUUGCCUUUUGUCCAACUCCACUCCCAACUCUGUUGCCAUGUGUGGUCUGUUUUCUUCCAGUCUUUUUUCCUCUCUCUCAGUCCAUCCACCCUUCAUGGGCCAGAGCCCUCUGCCACUUCAGAACCCAGACAGCGAUGACGUUUGCUGAGGACAAGACUUAUCAGUAUAUCCGCGACCAUCAUGGCAAUUUUUGCAAUAUUCAUGUUCUGGAGAUUCUGCCUUACCUAUCCUGCCUCACAAUAAGUGACCAGGGCUGUGUCUUUCAGGACCGACUGCGGGCCUCCUAUGAGCGCUGGGGGAACCAGGGCACUCUCUGGGACCUCUUCAACAGCCUUCGGCGGAGGAACGGCUGGGUGCCUUCCUUCAUUGGGGCACUGAGGGCCUGUGAACUGUCCAGUCUCGCUGAUGAAGUGGACCGAGUCUACCAGAGCAACCUGCUACGGAAUCCGAACAACUCCCCAUCCCCACUGGAGCGGCCAUCAGUUCCUGCUGGGGUUCCAGGGCCAUCCACACCUGCUGUGGCCCCCAGCAUCCCCUGCAAUGGCUACAGAGAGGACGAGCCAAGUUACCCUAUGCCUGUCCAGGACACCCAGUCACCAGAGUCCCUGGGAGAGAGUUCGAAGAAAGCCCCACAGCCACCCAGCUCUGGGGCUGUCCUCAAGAGGCUGGGUGGCCCCCUGCAGCCCUCAUCUGACACGGUGGCCCUCAGCCCUCUGACCUGCAGUGGACAUCAGGAGCAAGACACAGAACCGGGCACUACCCACACAGCAGGCGUGGUCUCCAGUUUCACAUCAUCCUAUGGGCCUGUGUCUCCGACUGUCUCCUUCCAGCCCUUGGUCCUUUCUACCCCCAGGGCAAGCUGCUUGCCUGGACCCCCAGUGUCAGCUCCAUCUAUUGGCACCUCCUCCUCCUCCACUGGCUUGGCCUCUGCAGGAGGUGCUGGUGACCAGGCUGAAGGUACCAUCUGCUCCAGCGGGGCAGGGGUGCCCACCAACUCAGCAUUUGGCAGCACAGUGCCUUCCAAGUUGUCCACCAGCUUGAAGCCCCCUGGUGCAAUGCCCAUUAAUGUGCUCACCAGUCUAGCACCAUCCAAAUUGCCCAUCAACUCAGUGCAUUCUGGCGUGGUGCCACCCAAAGUGCCUACUGGCUUGGUGCCUGGCCACAGGAAACAUAUGUGCACGGUGCCCAGAAAGCUGCCUGCCAACACAGGGCCCACCAUCAGGAACAGCAACAGACUUGUGGAGGAGACUCCAGCAUCUCCAGCACCCACAGGUACUGCCACUGGAGGCACCUCGCCAUGGCCAGAUAGCAGCUCUGACUGCUGGGGCUCAGAGCUGGAGCUGAGCAAGCCUGGCAGGCUGGUAUCCAGAAUGGACAGCCAACCGUUCUCGGGCUGCUCCGCAGACCUCGCCAUCAGCCACAGUAACUCCCUGGGCGUGGGGCCUGACAAUGCUCCGGAGGAAAACGAGUACGAGUCGGAGGACACCAUUAGGAUCCACGGGGGCCCCAGUACCCCCAUCCUGGGGGACAGCCCUGGGACACACACGGCCCCAGAAUUCCGGGAGGAGGAAGAGUUGGAGGAGUUGCUGGUGGUCAGGAACUUGCCCUGGGCUCCGUGGCUUGGGGUGGCCGUGGCUGGGGUGCUCCUAGCUGCGCUCCUGGCCACACUGUACCGGCGGCGCCCACUCCAGUGAAACUCCUGGGCCCUCCCUAUCACGCAUCUGCUCCCUUUCCCAUGGUACAUCUGCCUGAGCCAUUGAGUUGAGCUGUCCCACCAUCCUUGACGCUAUCUCUGGGCUGGCAGAGGCUGGGUCAGAGGCGAGGCAGCAUUUCCAUCCCAGCUCCUGCCCUUGGCAGCUCCCCCACCAUCCUUGGCUUUCUGGGCCCUGGGCUGCCCUGAGUGCUCCAGACCUCGCCCACCUGGCCAUCUGGUUGUUGCCCUUAUCCUCUGGAGGAGGUGCCCCCGUCUAGGCCUUAUCCCUCUUUACCCAAGUGCAAGGAUCAGGAGGUGCUACUGGAGACCGCAGGGGGUCGGAAACAUCCCCCAUCCUGCCCUGGUCCCUGGCAGCCAAUGGGGGGGGUAGGAGACCCCACAGAACAUCACUCCAGCCCCCAGUGGCCCAGCCUCAGGCUAUUGCCCCAGGAGCAGCGGAGUGGCCCAUCUUCAAGGACUUAGUCCCCUGCCUCUCUGGUUCCCCUCCCUUGCCACACAAGGUUGGGGAGGAGGUCUGGAGAUUCCCAUGGACCCCUGGGGAGCCCGAUCAGGUGCUAGGCCUGAGGACCACCUAAGUGCCCCUCUCCAGCCUUCUCAUCCUGGUCUCUGUUCUCUUCAGCUCCAUAUGGGGGUUGGAGAGGGAGCACAUGCAGGGUAGAGCUCAGGCCAAGGUUUGGAUUUCAGCUCCACCUCCUCUUGGGCUGUGUGGCCUUGGCAAAUAAUCAGCCUUCUCUGGUCUUGCUUACUCAUGUGGACCCUGAGGAUCAUGGCUCAUCCUUCACUGGGUUCUCCUGAGAUUGAAGCAUACACGUCUUUGUCAAGUGCCUGGUCCAGAGCAGGUGGCCACUAAAUGCUUUUCUCACCUCUCCCUGCCCAGCCUGGUCGAGAUGAGGGCAUGAGAGGCAGAGUGCCCAGUGGGUAAGCGUGCACUGCUGCAGUGUAGGAUGGCCUAAGCCUGCAUCCCAUCUUACUAACUCUGUGCUCUUGGGCAAGCUGUUAACCUCUCUGUGCCUGUUUUCUCAUCUGUAAAAUGGGGAUGAAUAGUAAAAUUUUAUGUAUAGAUAUA